AUGGCAGGCUUCGUGAGGAGGUUUUGGCAAUCUAGUGAGGACCACCGUGGAACGCCGGAGGCACCCGGGCGAGUAGUUACAUUGAUCGAGAGAUCAUACUGGAAGACACUGAACGAUCAUGACUUUGAGGACGAUGACCAGGUAUGGGGUAUGGCCUUCAGGAUUAAGGCCAAUCGAGUAAAAGACGUAAUGAGGGAGUUGAACAUUCGGGAAAUAAACGGGUAUAGCAUCCGGAACGACAUCGAGGUGUUUUCGUUCUCGGCGGACGUCCCGCCAAUCAAGGCAUUAGUUUAUAUAGGGACACCCGGAAACCCGCAAUUUGUCGCACGCGAAGGCGUUCCAGGGCUCGACGAACUUGCGCGCCAUAUAUUCAACUCUCGGGGGCCGUCAGGGGAAAAUCGAGAUUAUUUAUACAACCUACACAAAUCGUUGACAGGUCUUUGCCCAGCAGCCCACGAUCACCAUGUCAGUCGUUUAUUCCACCGUGUCGCCGAAAUGGAGGCCGAGAACGAGACCAAACAUUUUGGCGAGCAUGGAGCAGUGGGCCUAGACACAGCAGAUCCGAGGAGCAAAGAUGAAUAGGAGAUGGAGGGUUGGGGGUCGUUUCAUGAUGGUCAUUAUCGCUUUAGAAAAAAAAGAUGCACCGCAUUCUGAUAUUG